UCUGUGUGUGGGUGUCUUCGACUCUCUCUCUCUCUCUCUCUCUCUCUCUCUCUAUUCGCGCGCGAGUGUCCGCGCGUGUGUGUGUGUGUGUGCGCGCACGUGCUGGCCGGGACUCUUACUGCAAGCUCGCUCUCUCUCUCUCUCGCGCGCGCUCACUUAAUCGAGCUUGCAUUAGAUCGAUAUAUAUGCGCGCCUGCUACUCCCGCGCAAGCUCUCGAGAGCGAAAAAAAGACAGCGUGUGCUUGCGCCUCGUGCAAGCUCUAAUCUCUAUAUCCCUCUCUCUCUCUCUCGCUUCUUUGGCACGAUCGCACACGUAUAUUUCGUGCAUCGCACUUGCAUUAUUGAUCGCGCCAGCGCGCUAUGUACACCCACUGCCACCGCCACUGCCGCCACUGCAUGGCUACACGCGCCGAUGAUUCCUCGAAAUUCUAAUGCUCUUUUCAGUCCCUCUAUCUCUCGAGCGUGCAAGCUCCGAAGCUCUCUCGCUAUUAUUAUUAUUAUUAUCCUCGCCUGUGUGUCCGCGAUUAUUCUUGCUAAAUACACGCUGUAAUACGCUUAGACGAAAGUUUUUUUACGUAGUACGAGAGAGAGAGAGAGAGAGAGAGAGAAAGCGACACAGGGCUACAGGUCGUCCCGAUGAAUAUCUAAUGCGGCCGCGUAAUUGGAUCGAGAGCAGCGUGUGCGUCUCUCUCAUUCUCUCAGCUCGUCGAUACAUGCAUCACUCACAGGGUGGGAGGCUGCGAGAGAGAGAGAGAGAGAGAGAGAGAGAGAGAGAGAGAGAGAGAGAGAGAGAGAGAGAGAGAGAUAGGGCUGAGCUAGUUGUUGCUACUCCUUUGACUGCUCCCGCGCUGAUUCGUCCCAGUUUCACCGCUGAUUAUAGUCUUCGGAGGAAUAUAAGGGCCUACUUACCCCGGCUUGAUGUUUGCUUGGAAGGAUGACACACACGUAGACGCCUGCGCGCGCGCGCGCGCGUGUGUGUGUACGUCUAUCUCCGAAGAUUCGUCGUAAAGGCGCGGAGAUUGAUCAUAACAACAGAGGGAGAUGGAGAGGCUGUGUGCGGUGCCAGUCGAGAGGGCGUAAUUCUCAACUUUGCGGAAGAGAGAGAGAGAGAGAGAGAGCGAGAGAGUAUUCAAACGCGCAAUGCGCUACUGCACCAGCUGGCAAGCUUCCAGAGGCACGCGACUCUAUACCACCCCCGAGUAUAAUCCGUCCCUCUCUCUCUCUCGCUCCACUGUUUACCACCGGAUAUCUCGUAUAGCCGCUUAUCGCUUUCUCUCUCUCUCUCUCUCUCUCGUGUGUGUAUACGUAGUGUAUGCGACUGCGGAGAGUCAUUGUACGACGCAUCGGGGUUCAGUAGCCUCUCUCUCUCUCUCUCUCUCUUAUGCUCCGAGGUAGAAAAAGACUGAUCGCCUUUUGUCUCUCCCUCUCUGUGUCUCUGUGCAUGUACGAGCGCAGAAAAAAAAGACUAGCUGCCGAAUAAUCACCGGAGGAUAUCUGCCGUGGAAUUGAGGAGGGGAGACUGCAAAUGCCAGAGCUGUGUAGCUACUGGAGAGAUCCGUGAGUGAGAGAGAGAGAGAGAGAGGAAUAAAGACACGAUCCGCAUCAUCAUGAGCUGGGCGAUCGGAGGACUCGGCAUCUUCCUGGUGCUGCUGCUCGCGGCCGGUGCCACCGUCGUCGUUUGCAAAAGUAGGUACGCGAUGAGCUGGCAAUGCGGCGCCCGGGACGUCUGGAUCAUCUGCGAGGAGUGGCGUCGCAAACUCUCCUGGCUCUGGGCUCCGCGCGAGGAAAAAGUCGGUUUGGUCAAAGCUCAACAUCCACCCGCACAGGUGCCCGGUCUCUAUCGACAGUCCAGCACGAAUUCCUCCCAGUACAUUCUCCACAGUGAGAGCGAUCUUCGAUUGGACGCUCAGGGUGCAUUCACCAGGUUCGAAGCGGUGGACCGAGACCUGCACCCGCCGAUCCCCCAGCAACAGCAGCAGCAGCAGCAGCAGCAGCCGCAGGUUCAGCCGGCCAACAACAUCCCGCCCCAGCCACUACGUCCAGCUCCGCAACCUAGAGCAACGGCUCGACCUAGACCGUCGCCCCUGCGACCGCCGACCAGCGUCGACUACCUACGAUUGCGCGAGUGCGAACCCAGUCCCCUGACACCUCCGCCACCGCCACUUCCGGCUCUGGACAAGUUGGCCCAGCAGCAUCAGCAGCAGCAACAGCGAGUCUUCCUCUUCCACACGGACCAUCUAAACGACUCACCGACGCCGCCGCCGCUACCGCCACCGCCCGUCAACCUGGCUGACUACAGGCGCAGCGGCAACAUCUUCGAGCCAAAGGUUUGCAGGUAUAGCGUCCAGGGUCCAGCUCUCUUCGAUCCUGAGGCCGACUGCAAGCUCGGCAGCCCACCUUAUGGCAGCUACGACAUCGUCCACGAGAGCCACCAAGCCCGACCUGCUGAUCUCUUCGGCAUAUCUGGCAAGCAGGAGAGCUUCCUGCACCGGGUGCCCAGUCAGAGGAACCUCCAGGAUCUCGAGCGGAUAACUAGGUAUAUUCAGAGUCUACCUGACGCUCCGCCGCUUUAUCCCAGCGAGGACGAGGAUCUUGCGGCGAGUCCGCCGGCUCCACCACCACCCGCACCACCCGAUCCCGAUCCCGUGGUCAAGCAGCAACAACAGCAGUCGGACAGCCCGGAACCCACUACCGGGGAGAAGAUUUUCAAGGCGCUCAGAGCGGUUACCUCGCAGAGCUACAUCGACGCCAGCGAGUUUUACAACUCGAUACUCUCGUCGGCCCAGCACGUGCAGAACCUGGCGUUCACCACGUCGCAGUCAACGACGAAUCUGCCGGACCGCAGCGACGACAACCGUCUGCUCUCGCCCUUCAGCCAAAGUUGCGAGCUUCCUCGACGGAGCUUCGACCUGUUCAACCCGGAGCUGAACCAGGAGGCGCAUCGCACGGCCCAGGAGGUCUACAACAGUCUUCAAGAUCCACCGGCCUCGCCUCUUCUUCUCAAGGAGACCGAUCAACAGCAGCAGCAGCAACAGCAGCAGCAACAGCAGCAGCAGCAGCAGCAGCAACAGCAGCAGCAACAGCAGCAGCAACAGGGAGCCACGGCGGCGGCCUAUUCAUUCAUGUCCUUAGAUCCGAGCUUCACCCGCACCUCGGAGGACAUAUUCAACAGCCUGGAGCUGCACAGGCGACACAGCGUUCAGGAGCGUCUGCAGAACGGUUUCCAGGAGCUUCUCGAGAUGGAGGAGACCGAGUCGGCCCGUCGGCGCAACAGCCAGGAGCUGCUCAGCGCACUCGAGGAAGCCCAGAUGAAGCGUCGGCUGUCUCAGCUCUUUGACGAACAGUGCCUCGAGCAGCAGCAGGCGUGCACGAGUGCCAGCGCAUCCAGACGUGGCUCCCUGGAGGAACUGGCCAAUCUACAGCGCGCCAUCAGCUGCGAGAGCGUCUGCUCGGAUACCUCGGUCGUGCUAAACGACCUGGAGGCUGGCCAGGAGGAACAAGAGGCCCCCGUGGUCGGCUUGGUCUGCGUUGGUCUCGAACACGAUCGCUGGCCCAGCCUACACAUGGGCGAGUCCGAUCUGAUAGUCAGCGUGCUCGAGGCGCGCGACUUGGUGGCUGCAGACGGUAGGCCAGCGCAGCAUACCUACGCCAGGGUCUGCUUGCUGCCCGAUAGGCAGAGCCACGUCCAGACAAGGUUGUACAAGGGUACCAACUGUCCGAGCUACCAGGAGAAGUUCUAUUUCCCUCUGGACGGCGGCCCGGUCGGUAGAACUCUGCUAGUGGAGGUCUUCUCGUACGAGCUGCCGAACGGUGGUUGUCCCAACGGCGAGUCCACUCUGCUCGGCGAGGCAAGUCUCAGGUUGGGCCCUGCUCCGAGGCCACCUGCCACGACCUGGCUACCGUUGUUGGGACCCACGCUGCCACAUCCGCUCCUCGGCGAACUCAUGUUUUCUCUGAGCUACCUGCCCACCGCCGAAAGGCUCACCCUCGUCGUUGUAAAAGCCAGGAACCUGAGGGGCACUACCGAGGUGCCCGGCGACUUUUUCGUCAAGGUCUACCUGUUGCAGCAGGGCAAGAAGAUGCAUAAAAAGCGCACGUCGAUCAAGCGAGGCGAGAAGAGCCCCAUCUUUAACGAGGCGAUAAUCUUCAGCGUGCCGCCUCACGCUCUACCGAACAUCCAGCUGAGGAUGACGGUGGCGGAGGUGAGCGUCGACCUGAGCACUAAGGCCUACUCGGUCGGUCACGUGAUAGUGGGCGCGUCGACGUCGGGUCGUUCUCUGACCCACUGGCGACAGAUGUUGGCGGCGCUUCGACGACCCGUCGCCAUGUGGCAUCCGCUGAGGAAGUAAAAGACAAAGAUCACUCGCGCACACAUCCCCAAGUAAAGAUAAAAGAAACUCUACUGUAUAUCGUUCGUUAUAUAAAUAUAUAUUAUACACGCGACGAGACUCGUUGAUCAUCUAAUAUAUUAUACAUGAAAAAAAAAAAAAAAAAAUGAAUUAUACAUUCGAGAGGAGAGAGAUAGACGCGUUCUUUCGGCGAGACGAGACUUUUUAAUUGUUAAUUCCCUCGAGACACACAAGUACAUUGUAUGACCCCUAUACCUCGAUUCGAUCUAAUUACGCUUUUUUUUUUUGUCCACAUUGUUCUCGUUGUUGCGCGCUUUUCGGGGGGGUCUGGACUAUUAUACUCUUUGAGGUAAUGUACAGUGGCGUUAUAGCGUUGUACUCGUUGAGCUGUGCGGAUGUCGGAACGAUUUCUCGAGUAUCAUACUUUUGGCGAACCCCCGUUUUAUAUAGAAUAUAGAUUUCGAUAUGAAUUUCUCGAACUUUGUCCAUUUUUUACGCGUAUAUGGAAUAUACGAUGAAUUUACUGCACCGCAACAUUCAGGUAUUUAUUAUACACACACGUUUAUUUUUCUCCGGUGAGGUCGUAUUCAACAAAAUUUUAGACAAAAAAUAAUGAGGCUAUAUUAUAUCGAAGUAAUCGCAAUUUUGAUACUCCGUUGCGAAGAAUCGGACAAUAUCAUACAAACGCGUAUGUAGAAACACACAUACACAUUGUACACACUGACAGAAGUUUAUUGUACGCUACUUUUUCUUAAGUGCCACAAACACACGCAUGCUAUAUAUAAAACGCUGAUUCCGCAGAUAUAUCACACGUGCUAAAUGAGAGAUAGAUUGAGGACUAUAUAAUCGUUAUAACAAAUUGUUGCAGCGCGGAGACGAGAUUGUCGCAUUCGGUGUAAAUAAGUUGUAAAUGUGUGUGUGUAUAUAUAUAUAUAUCAGGUACACGUAUUUUAAAAAAUGCAAUUCAUGCAUGAUACACACAGGCACACACACACACACACACACGAUGCAUCGUCGAAGCUCAAAUUCCACGAUGUUGUCCAAACUGCCUAAAAGCAAGUUCAGGAAGCCUUUGAAGCUUGAUUUUAUAUAUAUAAAAUGAUAUAUAUGAAACAAAAUAUAAGAAAAUAUUAAAAAAAAAUAAUAAUAAUGACCGAUAACGCAUAUGCUUUCUUUUGAGGGCGAAAUAAACUUGUUAUAUUGAAACAGAUUCAUAUUUUCGAUUGUAUUUUAAGUACCAGAUCGUUGACAAAGUAGCGGAUUCUUGUUAAAUGCAGGUAUAUUAAAAAUAAAUAAAAAAAAGUAAUAGAUACGUAUUAGCCUUUCGGGCGGGAUUGUGAGGCGUUUUAAAGACGAACCUAUAAUGUAUAGAGAAAAUAAUGACGAUGACUACAAUUCGGACACGUUACUCUCGUUUGCUUUGUUCAGAGAUUGAAAUCAUCCACAUCUACGAUACGUACUGAGCGAGUGUUUCUUCGGUUUUGGACACUUUCGAUCGACUGUGUAUAAAAGAGCGAUGCGAUUGUAAUGACACACAUUUGGACCUGACGUCCAGGUGUAAUAAUUCCAGGUUCCGAUGAAAAAUUGCUGCUCAUUCCAGACGACCUAAAGUGUUCGAAAUGUGUGUACCACGUUAGUCUACCAUUUAUAGCUUUUCUAUACAUACUCAUGAUGAUGGAUAACGUUAUUUUUAAAUCGAAACAUACACACAAUUUUGACAUAAGUGAUUUUUCUUUUCUAGUAAAUAUAUACUUUUUUACUCUACUAUAAACUCUUCGUCUCUAAAUAUAUACACGCGAAUAUAACCACUACUGCGUUUUUCUCAUCGUUCGUGUUUUUUUAUUAGUCAGGCGCUUAUUUUAGUUGUAUGUCACCGACGACGUACACGUAAAUAUACACACAUAUAUACAUGAUACACACACAUACUCUAUAUAGAUCGUCUAAGAGUGAUCGAGGAAUGCUUAUUACGAAUCCUGUUCCUGUUCCCUUCGUAUGGCCUUGAAAAAAAAAAAAAAACUUAAACUAUAUAACUUUUAUACCUUUCGCACUACUAAACUAUAUAAAUGAAAAAAAUUUUACGAUACCCGAAUUGGCUCAACUAUAGACACACACAUGUUCAUUCGCGCACACAUGAACACGAUAUUACAUAAAUGGGAGAUACAUACACACAUACCCUGUGCAAUGAGAUAUUGUUAUUUUAAAAAUAAUGAACCGCCGCAGUAAAAACCGGUGAUUUAUUUGAAAGCUCGUCCGAUAAUACUAGCGUCAAACCGAGGUAACCGGAUUGGAAACGCAAAAAGCCUAUUCGCGCAGGUCUUGAAAGAAAAAUACAAAAGUAUAUAAUAUGACUCGAGCUGCAAAGUUGUUUAAAAUCUUUGAAAUGACAAUAUGUCAGCGAAAUUUCUGAUAUAGAUUAAAAAAGAAAUUAUACAUAUAGUUAAACGUUGUUACCGUAUAAGGAGACACCGCGAGAGUAAAGGUGAACGUUUUUUAAUCUAUAAGGCAUAAUCAUAUCUUGUUCUCCCUUGCCUAGUUGCAUAUACAUUGUAUAUUAUGAUAAGAGGAAGAUUUUUCCAAAACUUAAGAUUUAAGCGAUAAGAGAUAAAUAUAUCGCGAUAUAUAUUCAAGGAUAGAAAAAAAAAAAUGGUAUGAACUACAGGUACCUGCGUAUUUUUAUCAAAAAGCGCGACUCUGAACAUUCUUUAGAGAUAUAAAUAUAUCAGUAACGUGUGUAUCGACAAAAGAUUAAAGGCAAACUAACUUUCCUCAUCUCGUUUUCCAAAUCAAAUUCAAAUCUCAUCGACGCAGAUAUCAGCUAGCGCGUAAAGUAUAAGUAUAUUGUUAGAAAUAUAAUAUAAACUGUUAACUAAAAAGAUAAUCAACGCUUGUUAUAUCGAAAUGCAACAAAUUCUCCUUCCGAUACUCAGUUGAAGCUUCGCUUUGUUAUAAAUACACACACACACACACACGCGCGCGCGCACGCAAAUACGUUAUAUAGUGUUUGUCGAGCAGCGAACAGCUGUCUCGCACAUAGUAGACACUCAUAAAAAUGCAGAUCGAUCGCGAGAACGUGUAAUAAAAAAAAAAUAACAAAUAUGUGAUGAUGCCACACGCUGUUAUGUAUUAGCAAGCCGAGAGCGAGAGGGAAGAAAAAGCGAGAACACGACAAUAAUAGUGCCGAGCAUAAUUUCAGUUGUUUAGCCAUUUAAUCUACUCAAAGCACGUAUAAAUUCAUUGAGCUAGCACAAGAGAAGAUAUUAUUAUUUAAAGAAUAAAAAGAAAACUUAUCGAUAAUUAUAUAAUGAAUAAAUGAAACACUACUACGCAACAAGUGUACUUUGUGCAUGUAUGGAAAAAACUGCAUAGACUAAGUGCAGCAUCUCGUAGGACUUCUAGUUUCUUCGAUUUCGUCGUAUCUAUACUUUGUUACGUAUAUAAUUCGAAUAUACAAAUAUACGAUAAAUACAUUGGAUUUGUCCCGAAUGCGCGAAAUGAAGCGCAAAAGCGAGCGUUUUCUCUCGUUAUACAUACAUACAUAUACACACAUAUAUAUAUAUAUAUAUAUAUAUAUUUGUAAGUACGAUUACAUUUGUGAAACUAUAAUGGCGCGACAUUGUACGCGAGGGAAAACAAAUUUGAAAUUAUUUGAUAUUUUUGUUACGCCUGUCUGUGAUACUAUAAGGGCACAGUACAUUAUCCUGUGUAUAUUUAAGAUUUUAACCCCGACAUACACAUAAUUAUAAAUAUAUAUACUAUGAACAAGAAGAUAUAUAAAUAUAAUUAUAUACAUAUAAGAACAUUUUUUCAUAAGACGUAAGAAACAAAAAAAAAAAAUAAACCAACCAUUCAUACCGUGCUCUUCCUACGUGCUAACAUUAAAGAUGCAA